AAGAAGGGGUUCAGGAUGAGCCCUGGGGUGGGCACAAGUUGUUUGGGGGUUUUUUUGAGGGGGUUGCCAGGUGGGUACAGGGGUUGUUGGGGGUUUUUUUUUGGGGGGAGAGGGUACAGGUUGGUGUGGGUGGUGGGUGCGGGUUUGUGGGCAGGGCAGGUUCCCUGCCCCCUGUCCCGUGUGUGUCCUCUCCCGUCCCCCCCCCCCUUUCCCAUCCCUCCCAGCAGCAGCAGGUGGCUGGGAGCCCCCCUGGACCAGUUGCCCACCCCGGCGCUGGUCCUGGACCGGGACAAGGUGCGGGGCAACGCGGAGCGGAUGCGGGAGCGGUGCCGAGCCCUGGGGCUGCGCCUGCGCCCGCACCUCAAGACGCACAAGACGCUGGAAGGGGCAGCUCUGGCCACAGGAGGCACCCGCCGCGGGCUGGUGGUCUCCACGCUGGCCGAGGCGCGGCUGCUGGCGGGGGGGGGCUUCGAUGACAUCCUGCUGGCUUAUCCCCUGCCGGGGGGGCGGCUGCCCGAAUGUGCCACCCUGGCCCAGCAGCUCCAGGCUUUCCAGGUCCUCUUGGACAACCCCCAGAGCUUGGCCCUGCUGCGCCAGCACCCGCUGCCCCCCGGCAAGCGCUGGCUCGUCUGGCUCAAGCUGGACUGCGGGAACGGCAGGGCCGGUGUCCGUCCCACCGACCCCGCUGCCCUGAGCCUGGCUCGGGCCAUCGCCCAGGAGACCCCCGAGGAGGUGACACUGGUGGGGGUCUAUGCUCACUGCGGGGACACCUACACCUGCCGAGAUGUCCCCUCUGUCCAAGCCAUCGCCAGGGCCACCACCGCCGCCGUCCUCGACUUUGUCACCAAGCUGCGGGAGGCUGGUAUCCCGUGUCCCCAGGCCAGCAUUGGCUCCACACCAUCCUGCAGCCACCCAGUGCCAGAGAUGUCCCAGCUCACCGAGCUCCACCCGGGCAACUACCUCUUCUAUGACCUGCAGCAGACCCUGCUGGGUUCCUGCCAGCUGGAGGAGGUGGCCAUCCGUGUCCUGACCAGGGUCAUCGGUCACUACCCUCACCGCAACCAGCUGCUGGUGGACUGUGGCUGGGCUGCCCUCAGCCUCCACGGGCAGAGCCAGGGCCCCGGGGGCUGGGCUGCCAUCGAGGGACACCCCCAGCUCAGGCUGGUGGGGCUGACCCAGGAGCACGGACAGGUGGAACCCAUCGACGGGCAGCUGGAUUUUGGGAGCUUCCCGUUGGGCACCAUCUUGGCUCUCAUCCCCUUCCACGCCUGUGCCACGGCUGCCAUGCACCCCGUCUACUAUGUCCACGCUGAGGGGAAGGUGGUGGAGCUCUGGCACCCCGUCCGUGGCUGGUAGGGAGGAGAGCAGGGAGAUGUCAGGACCCUGAAGCCAUGGAGACCCUGCACCCUUGGAGACCCUGCACCCUUGGAGACCCUGCACCCACCUGGAGACCCUGCACCCUUGGAGACCCUGCACCCACCUGGAGACCCUGCACCCUUGGAGACCCUGCACCCAUGGAGACCCUGCACUCAUGGAGACCCUGCACCCUUGGAGACCCUGCACCCACCUGGGGACCCUGCACCCAUGGAGACCCUGCACCCUUGGAGACCCUGCACCCACCUGGAGACCCUGCACCCUUGGAGACCCUGCACCCACCUGGAGACCCUGCACCCAUGGAGACCCUGCACCCAUGGAGACCCUGCACUCAUGGAGACCCUGCACCUUUGGAGACCCUGCACCCUUGGAGACCCUGCACUCAUGAAGACCCUGCACCCUUGGAGACCCUGCACCCACUUGGAGACCCUGCACCCAUGGAGACCCUGCACUCAUGAAGACCCUGCACCCAUGGAGACCCUGCACCCACCUGGAGACCCUGCACCCUUGGAGACCCUGCACUCAUGAAGACCCUGCACCCACCUGGAGACCCUGCACCCAUGGAGACCCUGCACUCAUGGAGACCCUGCACCCUUGGAGACCCUGCACCCACCUGGAGACCCUGCACCCUUGGAGACGCUGCACCCUUGGAGACCCUGCACUCAUGGAGACCCUGCACCCUUGGAGACCCUGCACCCACCUGGAGACCCUGCACCCUUGGAGACCCUGCACUCAUGGAGACCCUGCACUCAUGGAGACCCUGCACCCGCAUGAGGAGUGGGCUCCAUGCGAGGUUCCCGCCCCCCCCCCGAAGCCCCCCGCCCCCUCCCGGUACCGCCCCCAAUAAAGCUGCUUCUCGCCUUCCCA